AUAUGUUUUGUUUUUUUGUUUUUCUGGGGGGUUUUUUUGGCUGCUUUGGGUCUUCGUUGCUGCACGCGGGCUUUCUCUAGUUGUGGCGAGCGGGGGCUACUCUUUGUUGCGGUGCACGGGCUUCUCUUGUUGCAGAGCACAGGCUCUAGGCACACGGGCUUCAGUAGUUGUGGCACGUGGGCUCAGUAGUUGUGGCUUGAAGGCUCUACAGGACAGGCUCAGUAGUUGUGGCUCAUGGGCUUAGUUGCUCCAUGGCAUGUGGGAUCUUCCUGGACCAGGGCUUGAACCCAUGUACCCUACAUUGGCAGGUGGGUUCUUAACCACUGUGCCACCAGGGAAGUCCCCAAAUAAUAAGAACCAUUGCUGACUGCAGCUAAAGUAAUCUCAGAUGGUUUUCCAAACCUAGAUUUUUUAAAAGAGAGAUGGGUCCAUUAUCAAAUACCUUUCUAGAUUUGAAUAUCUCCAUUUAAGAAGUAUCUUAUUUGGGGUUCCUUUUUUCUUUCCCUCUAUUCAUGUUUUCAUUCUUUCUCCCCAACUUUAUUAUGCCCCUUCUCUUCUCCUUGAAACUCUAGUCCUUUAAGUUUCUGCAGCUUCCCUGACUUCUCAUGGCAGGCUCGUCCCGCCUUCAUUUCUCUUUCCAAAACACUGUUGUUACAACCAACAUGGCAACUGUGGUUUAUCUGUCUUCUCCCACCUGGCUAGGCUCUCCUCAUCAGCGGGGAUUGCCUUACUCAUCUCUGGGUUUCCAGCUUCUAGCACAUCUACUUUAUAGUAGGUUUUCCAUAAAUGCUUGUCUCCAGCUUUUUUUUAAUCACUGUAAAGCAAAAGGAAAAUGGCCUUGAGAUACAUUAACAAAGCGUAGACUUCCUUAGGGAGGGAGCUUUAGAACUAUAUCCUGUGCCCUACAGUGGCCCACGUAAUUAAAGUGGAAUGUUUUCCUUGCUGUGGGAGUAACAGAGGAAGGAGGAAUGUUUUGCGGGAAAUGGAACCUUCAAACAGACUAACCUGCGUCUGUAUUAAAAAGGCAGCUGAUGGCCUAGCUGUGCCCCCACAGGUCUUCUUUGUGUCUCAACUUCUGAUUUCUGCCUUUUGCUUUUUCUGAAUUACCCAAUCAUGUUUGCUCAGGAGUUGAGUUGAUUUUCUGAACUUGACAGUAAUCCUGAAGCAUCACUGUAAAAUCAAACCUGGGGUGGUACGACUUUGGGUGCUUCCCUCCCUGGAGUUAGUCAGGGGAGGUAGAAUAAGAAGAAGCAUUGGAGACGGCCAGCCCCACUGGGGCAGGACAGUGUCACUGCCAUGCCACUGAUGUAGAGAAGCAAGGCAGGGAUGAAGCACGGAGUUACACACGUCGAUAUGAAGGUUGUUUGGAAACGUCUCUAUGGAUUGCACAUCUGGACUUGAAAUGACCAGUGGUGCACUUUAAAAGUUACAGGGACCUUCUUAUCUGGUUUUAGACCAGAUUUUGCUGGUUCUCCCCAUGAAUUCUUUUUGCUUUAUUCCUGAAUGAAAUUGAGGCCCUCGUGGAAGGAGCCAGAAUUCCAUCCUUGUGUGUGGUAUGGAGACACAGGCACCUUUCUGGGGAGACUGCUCUCCAGGAGGCCCUGACACAGGCAGUCUUUUAGCCAGGGGAAUGGGCGCUGAUGUCCUGCCCAAAACUUAAAGACAUUAGGCCCUGCUUGGGCACUUCCUGCUGUGGUGGGAGUUCGGGAGCCGGAACGUACUUGGAAGGUGGUCUCACCAUCAACUCCUUGACAGCGUCUUCUCUUUGCUUUUCAUCAGGACCAGUCAGGCUCUGGUUCUGAGAGAAACACUUGUACUUUCAGGACUCCUAUCUCUUCAGAUCCCCCCAGUGGUCUGCUUGUAGAUAUGUGCUCCCCAAUUUGGGAUAGCUGGACGAGACCAGAUGAGCCUGUGGGGCAUAGUGGUUCACAGGGAGCCCAAGACCAGUUAUUAAUUCCUUGAAUCUGAGAGGAAAAUCAGAAAAGAUCCUCUUCUGAAAUGGAAACUGACAAAGAGAGGCAAAUUGCCCCAGAAAAGUCACUUAAAUAGUAACUGUUGCUGAUAAAAAGAUGUUAUUUCCUGACUCAGAGCCAAGACCUCUUAGACCUCCAUUCAAUACAAGAUUACUUGGAUUCUUUGGAGUUGUGCUGGCUGCAUUGGUGACCAGAGGAUUUGGGUUAUCAGCGAGAGGGGUGCUGUGGUGGAGCAGGACACCGUGUGGUGGGGGCCCUGGGGAGCUGGUAGCCGGAGGUCAGGCUCCGGAAAGGACAGGACACCUCCUCCCACCCCUCCUAGUGUAACAGAUCAGGAUUGGGGUUUGUUCACUCUGUCUCCUGCGAGUGUGGCUAGUGUGGGUCAGCUUCACCGUCCCUAGGUGAGCUGAUAAAGUCUGGUUUUUGGGACAGUAAGCUGUAAUGGUGCUGUACUUGCUGUACUUUGCACCAAGGCCCAGAAUAACCUAUCUGUUUCUCUCUUCUGCCUUUUUUUCCUCACCUCCUAACCUCACUUUUCUUUCUUCCUUUCUCAUGCGCCUCUUAGUGUUACAGGAGUGAGGCUCUCACUGUAGUCUGCCUGCCCUUGCACAUAACAUCCUGGUCCUCUUUGUUGCCUCUGCUCCUUUUGAAGGUUGUGGCUGGGUCACGGCUUAGGCUGUUUGAGGCGUCUCCUCCCCUCCCAUGCUUCCAUUCCCAGCUCUCUGCUGGAGGUUCACGUGAGCAUAAUCAUGGCAAGACUAAGGUCCUCGGCAGCCGGUGAAGCUGUGCUGCUUCCCUGGGUGAGCUGAAUUUGCAGAUGUUAAUGUCUUGUGUCGCUCACCCGGUGGCUGUGGCCUCCCCUCUGCCUCCCAUGAGGACGAGCCCAUCCAGAACCACCUUGCUCCCCACUGUGGCUCUUCAUGACCUCCUGCCCCCAUGCUUGCUUUCUUUAUGGUUUCGCUUGUUCUCUCAGACCAAGAAGCAUGUACCUCAUUUUUGUAGAGGGGUAGCUCCACAGGAGAAGUGAUACCUGUGCUUGGUAACAAGAGAUCUUUUGUUUAGAAUUUUGACCCAAAGAGAGGUGGCCACCCCACUUAGCAGAGAGCAUCAUCUUCUGGAGUCUCUUCAAUGCUACUUGACAAACAAAGAGCUUUUCUGGAAGGAGAAGCCGUAGGAAAUCAAACUUUCUUAACACCUCCCCUCUGAUUGCUUAUCCCCUAAAACUUGCCUUGUGUCCCGGUGACGCUUCCUCACUCAGAGCUGAGUUAUAAAGUGAUGAGCUUAUGGGUUUCUUUCACUAACACAGAAGUCCUUGGUCCUCUAACACAGGAGCCUUGACCUUGGGCCGGGCCUCUGUGCAUCUUUUUAAAAAGAGAAGGUGCCCUUAGAUAACUAGAUUCUUUGUUGGGGCCCACAUCUAGAUGCUUCCUCACACAUUCUGAGGCCUGUUUAAUUCCUUUGGGCUAUUGCAUCUCUGGAGGAGACAAGCAUUCUCCUUGUAGUGCACCCUGUAGGAAAGUUUCCACUUGGUCCAGCUCUUCAGAGCAUGAGUCUGAGAGCAGAUUGAUUGCAAAGCCUUGUCCAAGGAGAGAAUGGACUGACUCAUGGUACCUGGACAGACUCCAGAGUGAGGUGCAGUGCCCUCUCUAGCUGCUGGCAGAGCACCCCUCUCCUGCUUGGACGGCGCUGAGCAUGCUGGUGUACAGCUGGCCAUCUGGAGAUGGCCAGGAUCCGCUUUCCACCAGAGCUGUUGGGUUCAUAUCUUGUCCUCUCAUCUGAUGGAAGAAUUCUUCAACUCCGAUAAACCAUCCUGUCUGACGCGAUGGAAAUUGAUGGGAGUAUUAGUUAUUGGAGUGCCAGGGAGCAGUGUAGGAUUCAGGGGCUAUAUGGAAGAGGGGAUCAAUAUCUAAUGACUCUAGCAGCAUUUCCAAGGGUUUGAGCACUCCUGGGGGUGUGGCAGCAUGGGACAGGGCCUCCAGAGGCCAUGGUUCUAGGGCUGCCUCCAUGAUGUACACCUUGUGACCUUGGCUAAGUUCCUUAAUCUCCCUGAGCAACUUGCCUUCAUCUGACAGAGACGGAUACAAGCUACUUUGUUUAUCAAACAGAGUUGGUGUGCCAGAAAUGAGUGUUUGGGAGUGUAUUGACAGCCAUUAAGCAUUAUAGUCCGUAUGCCCUCUUGAAAGGCUUCUUUCCACCCGAGCUGUAUUUGCUGGGCUUGGGCAGAUUCCUCGUCUUCCCUAAGACCCUAGAGAAAGAAGGAAGCAGUUUGCCUUCCUGAGAGGAAACCCGGAUGCGACCUCUCAAAUUCAGCCACUGUAAUGUGUAUUUUUCCACAGUGUUUUAAAAAAUCAGCUACCGUGUUAGGCCCAUUUGCCUCUUGUCUUAUUUGGCCCUUAAGGAGAUAUGAAAGCCAGAGUUCAUAUAAUGACGUUUAAACAUUUAGAGCUUUCCCAUAAAAAUCUCCUAAAAUAGCAGCCCUGGCCGUGUCCUCCAGGGCUUGGCUGCCUGUCUGUAGGAGGAACGAGUGUUCUUUGGUGCCUCACAGCCCCGCACCCCCUCACUGUGCUGCCUGCUUAUGGAGUUUGGUUACUUGCCCGCCUGUGGAGGCAUUUGAUUUUGACCGUUUGAAGACACCUGAAUCCCACAGAUGUGAAACCUUGCAUUUAUGAUGGAGAAACUUGAAUAGGAAGUCUCAUCUUCAGAUUGGAGCAGAAUGAUAGUGUGGAAUUUUAAAACUGCACGUUAUUUGUGAAAAGCCCAUAAAAGGUAGUGGGCAUUAGACUAAUGUGAAACAUAGUAUUUACUCAGGCAGUAACACUUAUUAAUCCAAAAAUUUAGAAGAUUUACAUUACUGACUGUGCUGUGGCAUAGAUUCCCUUAGAGUGCGUGUCUGUCUGUUCACAGAAAACAUCUAGGCCAUUCUCUUACCCUCCGUGCACCAUUUCUAUUCAGUCAUUUAACAGCCAUCGGGUGCCAACUUGUGUUCCAUGCUUGAGUGAGAGGUUUUUGUUCUGUGGCUUCCUACCCCCUCCAGAGAGUUGAUGGUGCCCUCAGAAUACAGUUUGUUGUGCUUGCCUAAAUAUACUUUGGGUCUUUCAGAAAAACAAAAAAUUUUAAACACAACUCAGCAUCAGUCAUAAUGAGUGUCAGUGUCAGACUCGAUUUGAAUUCAGCUUCAUAUGGUUAGGCUAGCUUCAUCUUGCUUACAGGAAACAAAAAUAAGGACAUGGAGAGACAAGAAGUAAGAGAGGAAAACAUAUUUCAGGGGAUACUAACCAAAAAAAAAAACUGGCAUAGCUUUAUUAAUGUGAAAUAAUAGAUUUUAAGGUAAAGAAGAUUACUUCACAAUGAUAAACUUUAAUGUACUAGAAGGAAUAAUUCUUGAUUCUUUCUGUAGUCCAUAGAUCAAACAAAUCAGUAAGAAUGUAGAAGAUUUGAAUAAUAUGGUUAACGAGCUUGAACUGCACGAGAAAUACAGAGCAUUUGUGAAAACUAGCUACACGCUGAGCUCUGAGAUGGAACUCAGCAAAUUUCAAAAACUUUUUACUAAGGAAAUAGACAGACGGUUGGAAAAAAAACUGAAGAUCACACAAAAGGAGAGCAGGAAAUCCAAAUCUCCUCCCAAAGUGCCCAUUGUGAUUCAGGACGAUAGCCUUCCCACGGGGCCCCCUCCACAGAUUCGCAUCCUCAAGAGGCCCACCAGCAACGGUGUGGUCAGCAGCCCCAACUCCACCAGCAGGCCAGCCCUUCCUGUCAAGUCCCUAGCACAGCGGGAGGCAGAGUACGCGGAGGCCCGGAAGCGGAUCCUGGGCAGUGCCAGCCCCGAGGAGGAGCAAGAGAAACCCAUCCUCGACCGGCCAACCAGGAUCUCCCAACCUGAAGACAGCAGGCAGCCUAACAAUGUGAUCAGACAGCCUUUGGGUCCUGAUGGAUCACAAGGCUUCAAACAGCGCAGAUAAACGCGGGCAGGGAAGGAUGCCGCCGCCACCGCCGUCACCACCUCCUGGGUCGUCCGCUGCGGGUCGCAUUGCCGUGGCAGACAGCUGGACUUGAGCAGAGGGAACGACCUGACUUACUUGCACUGUGAUCCCCUUUGCUCUGCCCACUGUGACCUUGAACCCCAUGCACUGUGACCUCCCUUUCCCCCCCUUCCCACUGUGAUUGGCACUUCUACAAGGGCUGUCCCAAGUCCAUGGAAAGGGAAAGGGUGGGGGUUAGAGGAGGGUUGGGGGGACCCACCAAGGACUCAGAGUAGAGUCAGACAGUGCCACUUGGCCGCUUGGGGUGAAGCCAGUGCCAGCAAUAACAGUUUAUCAUGCUCAUUAAUUUGGGAUUUCAAAACACAAAUGAGAACUCCCGUCCACCCACCCUCAAGUGCAUGUCUUCAUCACUUAAAAGCAAGUUCCAUUUGAAGAUAUCCUUUCUUUUUUUUUUCUUUCCUUCCUAUUUUUGUUUGUUUAUACAAAUAUUUGAUUUGCAAAAAAAAGUACAUGGGAGGGGUUUUAGCAGUUUAAUGAAUUUUUAAUUGAGAAAGGGUAGUUUGGUAGUCUACUUAAAAAUGUUUCUGGUCAAUCCACUAGAAACGUUAACCAAUAGGAUUUUGGUGAGCUUAGCUUCUGUAUUCCUACUGCCGCCGAGAAAAGGGGCUCUGCAGCCCAGGACAGAUGAGCACCCCAUGCCUAUACCUCCCUUCCCCCAACUAAGUACCAGAGCAUCUGGGCCCUACCUGGAGACUGGGCCAGCUCUGUAGGCUCAGAGAGCCUGGGGAGGGUGCCAACCCCUCACCUUUAGUAUUUUGGGAGAUAGGGAAAGUGAACAGACUUUCCCUUCCAAAACCCCUCAGGGUGGUUCCCUACCAGCUGGGCUUACUACUUCUAGAAGGGGGCAGGGAGUGAGGCUGCACUCCCAGGCUUUAGGAGUGAGGCUGCAAGCCUUGCUCAGUAUUUUGCUGUCAGCACAAGGAAAGCCAGGAGAGAGUCUGACUCCAGGACUCUGAGCCUCCUGCCUAGUGUGGUCAGAAGGUAGGUGGGUCUUCCCACUCCAGCAAGGCUUAGAACUCUCAGGGGUCUGUGGAGCACCGUCUCUGUUGAUGGCAUCAGCUCGGUAACUCUACCCGGUACAUUUCCCUUGUGAAAUCACUACCUUGGGAGCAGACCAUUCUGAAUAACAUUUGGGGAAAGACAAGCUGUGCAUUGCAAAGAUUGGUAAUGACAGACGGGUUCCCCAUAGGCCUAGGUUACCCUCGACCCCUUUUUCCAGAGCAAGGGCCUGGAAUGAAGGCAGUUACCCCUCGGUCUUUGGAGCCUGGAGAUCUGCUUUGGCUCUUUGAGGUGGAAGAGGCUUAGGGGGCCCAGCCCAGAGCAGCUGUGUGUGUACAAUCUGGUCCCUCUCAGGCUGUCCGAUCUCUUCUGUUGCACUUCGCCUUAUAUCCCUCAGCCAGCCAGACGGCCUCCUUGCUCAGCAGAUGAGUUUUGGAGUGGUUGGUGUGACAUUUGUGAUUAGGGCAGCUCACGGUGGCCAAGGUGGCAAGCUAGGUCUUGCAGGCUCGCUCCACCUUUGGUUUGCUGGCUCUCAGCCUUGCCCUGUGGGGAUGUCAGCCGGGCCCAGCAAGCCUUGGCCCACUACAUCUUCCCAUUAGGAGGAAAGGUCAGCUGUCGGUUAAGUCAGUAACUAGUCCAUAGCACAGGCUUAUAACUGCGUGAAGCCAGGAUAUUGUCCGUGAGCAGAGGUGGAACAAAGCUUCAGUCAGUAAGAACCCACAGAACAUGGAAUGGUGCCCACAUUGCUGUUCUGAGGGGAAGUGACCUCCAGGAGUGGGCAAGGGAGAAGGUUGCUGCUGUCUUUACAGUUCCACUGCCCUGACCAAGUUUCCGCAUUCUAAACGGAUAGUGUCCAUCCCUCAUGUAAUAGUGGUUUCUGGCCCAAGAUGAGACUGUCCUUUUCAGUUGGAGAAGGUACAGAGGUAGGCCAGGUGGGAAGGCCAGAAGUGCUGAUUCCUCAGCUGUCGGGACCACCUGUCCUUGCUGCCCUCCUCUAGUGGGAGCCAAGGGGAGGCUGGCUGAUGGGUGUCUGUGGAUCAAGGAUGUAGUAGGGACUGAUGCUCCCACCUCCCUGCGGCCAAAGAUGGGGCUCUGCCCGCUGUGUGCCUAUCACCACCCACCAGCGGUCAUGUCCUGGCUUCCCAGAUGGAGAGGUGACAGGCAACAUUUUAAAGAGAAAGAAAUGAAAACAGGAAACUAUUGUGUUGGAGGGAGGUGGGAGGGGAGAUGAGAGAACGGUUUGGAUUUUGUGUGUGUGUUUGUGGUUGUUUUGGGGGUUUUUUUUGGGGGGGUAGUUGUCUGUAACUUUACUUAAGUGCUUUUUUUUUUUUUUUUUUUUUUAAUUUUUUAAAAGUAAGCUGCAGGCUUUGGCUUAGAAAACCCCAGGGGAGUUGGGGGCAGAAACCUGAGGCUGCUGCCCCUUUAUCUGCCUUCAUGGUACUGUCCCCUUCCCCCAGCUCCUCCCUGACUCCGUGAGCCAGGCCUCAGACCUUCCAGCUAACUGCUUCCCAUGAGCCACUACUCUGAUGUCAGCCUAUAACCAAAGGAGCUGGGGGUCUGGGCCUGGUGACCAACCCUUCUCCGCCCACUCAGUCAGGGUGCUCCCCACCUGCAGGCAGGAGGCAACACCCUAUCUGCUACCAUCAGCCCCUUCCAGAGCCCACUGCCUCACCCCACCCUGUCUAGCCCAGCCGUACCCUGCUCUGCCCCAUCUGGGGAUGCUCUGCUCAGGGAUGGGCCGGCAGGGCUGCCCUAGCCUCCCUGGUAGGCAGAGACUCUGGAAACCUCUGGGGUCCUGUUUUCGGCCAUGUGAUCCCAGGGGUGCAUAUGGGCCCCUUGGGUAUCUGAACAGAAGGGCAUGGGAGGGAGGGCCGCACCCCUGCAGUCCUGCUCUGCUGGUCUAGCGGGUAGCUGCCCACCCUACCCCACCCCGCACCGCGGGCUCCUGAGUUGGCAGAUUAAGCAUUUUAUAAAUUGUAUUUUAAAUACAUGUUUUAAACUUGUCAGAACCUUGUCCUCAUUUCAGUUUCUGGCCUCCUAACCUCUUGCUGUGGCUGCUUGUUUAACCACUGGGAAGCUAUCUCUGCUCAGUCCUAGGGAGGGGCUCUCGCUUUGAGUAAUAGGCCUGGGGUGGUGUAUGGAUUGGGGCCACGGACCCACAUGCUUAGGCUCCAAGGGAAGGGCACCCCUGGGUCCCGGCCCUCUGUUGGUGAGAGCAUGGCUGAGGCCCCUCCUGCCCUUCCACAGGGUCUGUCCGUUUUAGGGGCCAGUGUCUUUCCCAGGUACUUCCAUUAUGUUCACCAUUCCCUUCAAGCAAGUGGGAAAGAGAAUUCCUGCCCUUAUGGGACUCCUAGUCCAAGGCGUGGAGGCACCCAUCUGAGAAUAGUCCCAGCUCUGUGCUUUGAGAGUGCACAGGAGGUCAAGACUUUGAACCCAGGGCUACCUCUAGCAGGACUCCUGACCCUUGGCAGUGUUUUGAGGCGAGUCUUGCUUCAGGGGCUCCGAAGCCUGAGGGAGACUGAGGCCCUCCGCUCUGAGAGCCGAGUGGAAGGGUGAAAACCUGGGGCCUUCCCUGGCACCAGGCACAGAGGCUGAGGUUCUUGUUGUUUAUUGGCUUACCAGGCCACAAAAGCAAAAUCCAGCAGCAGUCCCUACCUGAUGACCCGUCCGUCUGCAGGCCCUGAUUGCUAAGCUGCCCAGAGUCAGGACUCCGCAGGGUCAGUGGGUUCGAGCCGGCACAGAACUGAGCCACUUUCGGCUGUCAGAGCUGGGUUCCCUAGGGAGAGAGGUGGAAGAGAAGGGUGGGAGGAAGUGAACCACCCCAUGUGCCCAAGGGGAGAGGAGUCCUUCCCAGGGAGGUGAUGGGGCCAGCAGUCGGGCUCAGAGGCCUGAUUCCAAGUCCAGUGUUCUUUUAUCCCAGGAUGCCUGGAAGAGGACUGCUGCAGGGGAAGCUUCCCUCCACCCAGCUGCUAAGCCUGUUUCCUACUACUCCUAACAUGGAAUCAGACUCAGGCAAAGGACUUAAACCCCCUGCAUGAGAAAGGCAGGUAGUGCUACCGAGUCCCGGGCACAGAAAGGCGUAAGUACCAUGACUUAGGAACAAUCUACCUGGGACACAGACUCUCAAAGGUUAGUUUCUUCCCCCUUCCAUCCUUUCCCCUUUUUCCUCCCUGGAACAACAGUCUCUGAGGCAUCUCUUGAAAGGAUGGAUUUCCCUUGGGUUAGGCCAGGGACUUCAUAAGGAAGGAGGUGGAUGGGCCUGGGCUGCAGUCCCUGCCCUCUGGGUACCCACCUGCUUCCUUGAGAUCUAGUCUGGAAGAAGAGGCUACGGGUGUCAGGGCCCAGGCUUGUGGGGGUACACAGCUCCAGCAUGUAGUGGCUGCCCUGCUUCCGGCGGACCGUAUUGUCCAGCCUCGGGCAGAGCGGGAUGCAAGGCACCUGGGCAUAGGGGCUUUGCAGGUUGGCAGCUGGCAAAGGUGGAAGAGGCAGGAGAGGGGAAUGUUUCAGAGCACGUCCAGUGCUGGGAGGCAGGCAGACCCAUGUGAAAUCCCAGCUUUGCCACAUAACGACCUGGGUGGGUUUGGGCAAGUAACUUAACCUCUCUGGGCUUCUGCAUAAGCUGGAGCUGAUGGUGGUAUCCGCCUCAGAGUUGAUGAUGAGGAUUAAAGGGAUAAUAUAUGCAAAGCACUCAGCUAAAUGUUGAGAACAGUGUAAGGGCUAAUACCUGCUUAAAAAGGAGCACAUGUCUUUGGGAUGAGUCCUGGCAGAGUCUGACAGGCACACUCUACAGACUCUAGAAAGCUUCUAGCCCAUCACUUGGCACACAUUUGGGAAGGUCCCUACUAUUAUGGGAAGGUAACCUUGCCCAGAGGAAAGAGCACAGGUUUUAGAGUCAGACCUGGGUAUAAUCUCCCCUUUCUGACACAUGCUAGCUGUGGGACCUUGGGCAAGUUGCUUAAACUUCAGUUUUCUCAUCGUGAAUACAUGGGGUAAGUAUGUGAUUAUGAGGAUUAAAUCCUAGCAUGUCUGCAAAGGGCUUAGCAUAGUGAGUGACCCCAGAGGGUGCUCAAUAAAUGAUGAGGUGGGAUUGCUAAGCACUCUUCCUUCUCAGUCCAGGCUCUUGGGACCAACCUGUGCUCAGGGCUAAGGCUCAGGGAAAAGGGUGUGCGGAAGGCUGGAGAUGGGUGGUGAUUAUCAGCCAGCUGGCUGAUGGCACACAGUUAAGCCCGAAGUGGGAAACCAUGUCUCAGCUCCUGGGCCUGGCUGUGUGGCACCCAGGGCCCUCACCAUAGUUCUGCUGCUUCAGCUGGCUCAGGAUCCUGAGGGCUCUUCGUUCUGGGACUUCCAAGGUGUCUGCCUGCUGCGGGUUGUAGGGAAGCUUCUUCUGGGACUGCAGCCGGCCAAUGGCCGGUUCCAUCUCUCGGGCCUUACAGGUGCCUUCCUUCAGCUUCUUCUGGUAAUAGCUGGGGAGGCAGUGCCACCCAGCUCAGCCCGGCCGUGUUUAAUUCACCCUCCUCCUCCCUCAUCCUUUCUGAGCCCCUGUUCUGUCUGGCCAGCUCAGGAGCAGGGCCACAAGAGAUCUGGGUUUUAGUCCUGGCUCAACCAUUAACUUCCUGUAACUGUGGGCGAGUCACUGCUCUGCUCUGGGUCUCGGUCACCCCUAUAAAGUGGGGGGAAAUGGUUAUCUCUGCCAGUCAUUGGAAGUCACUUGACUUCUCUAAGCAGAUCAGUCAGCGUUUUUUAUGGGGUUAAAAACAAAGAUUAAAUAACAAGACCCAUUAAGCAUUCAGCAAAUUGACUCAAGGAAAGAGCUUGGUAAAUGUUGCCCAUGAUUUCUAUCACUGGUAUUUUUACUUAGAUGUGCAAGUGCUUUGUAAGCCAGCUGUGCAGUUAACUCCUCCUCAUCUUCCAGAUCGCAGUUUAAAGGCCAUCUCUUCCAGAAAGUCCUCUCUCCUCCAAUAGACGGGUUAGGCUCCCACUAUAGGCCCCCUGACAAAUUGUACUUAACCCUAUCACAGCCCACUUAAUACUCUUAACUCAUCACUACUUGCCUUUUCCCCACUAGACUGCAGCACCAUUCAUUCAUUCAUUCAAAUAUUUAUUGAGUGUUUACUGUAUGCUGGCCACUCACCUAAAUGCUUGGGAAAGAGCAGUGCAGGAGAUAUUCAUAUAAGGUCCUUGUGUCAUCUCUCAGCCCCACCUCCUUAGUCCAGCCACUGUCAUAGCAACCACUUCUACGUGGGCCUCAACCAGCUCUGCACAGGGACAACCUGGCUCAGUCUCACCUCAGAUCUUACCUCUUGCUGCUUGCUCCAGAGCCUCUCUGACACAUAUGCGCCCCAGAAGUGCAGGGGAGUUAAACAUCUGUGUGGGGCACCCUUGACAAAGGAACCAGCAGCUGAGGUAUACAGGCUCCUGUCUCUUCCCCUGAUGGUUCUGAGCCACCAUUCAUAGUCUCCUCAGAAGAUCCUGGGGAUGGCUGACUCAGUAGCACAUCAUUGUAUUGGCUCCUCCUCCUUCUGUGUUCAUGUCCCUUCCCUCACUUCUGCUCCCUGGUAUCACUUUUUAAAUCAACUACCUAGGCACACAUCUAGUGGGAGAGUCGGACCAUGAACAAGUAAAUAAAUUAUGGUACCAUGUGGGGAGUGAUGGGUGUUCUGAGAGAAAGUAAAAGCUGAGUAGGAGGUAGUGAUGAGCUAUUUUGUCCAUAGUCAGUGAAAGUCUCGAGGUGGUGGCAUUUGAGCAAAAUGAGGGGAGGAAGCAAGCUAAGUGGAUAUCGGGAAGAAGCCUCUUUCAGGCAGAGGGAAUGGCUUGUGAAAAGGCCAGGAGGUGUGAAAGAGCUUGGUGAGCUCUAAGAACAGAGAGGUGCUAGAGCUUGUGUGUGAGGGAGAAGGGGGUAGAAAUGGGCAGCAAAAUGGGGGGGCCAGACUACCUGAGACUUUGUAGGCAGUGAUGAAGGCUAGGCCUGCUACUCAGAGUGUUAGGAAGCCCGUAGGGCUUAAGCAGGUGGUUCUGCUAGGACCUCUGCCUAUCCCUGAAGCCUGGAAUUUUGGGUUUUAAUGAGCUUCACACAGAGAAAAUAGAAAAUGAAUACCAGAGCCCUCAAAUGGAGAUUGGAUCUAGACCCCUGUGUAAAAUUAGAACCUGAAAACACAGCAUCCUGAGUAAAAAGAUGGACUAGGAAAUAACUUCACCCCACAGGGGCCAACAGGACAUGAGCAGAGUGUGUGCAACUUUCUCAGUCGCCAUUUUAAAGGAAAUUGCUUGCUCUCUACUUCCUCUCCUUCCCCUUCUUAUGGGCUUGAAUUUAGAUGUGUUGCUGGUAAAUUGGCUUAGGAUUGACCUAGGGAAUGGUGGAAGAAUAAGUGGGAAAGAAACUGGGUGCUUGAGCAACCUUGCCUUCCUGCCUGCUUCCUCCAAGCCAUCAAUAUGAGAGAAAUAAACUAUAUUGUUUGAACUGUA